AUGAUUUCAAACAAAGUGUGGAACACCAUCCGAGAUAAGGAGGAAAUAGUAGAUUGGGCUAAUCUGGUCUGGUCGUCAAAGGUUAUCCCGAGACACCAAUUCAUCUUAUGGCUUGCAUUUCAGGAAAUACUAAACACGAGAGAUCGCGUCAAGAAGUACAUGGAAAUUCUAGAUUCAAGUUGUUUGUUGUGUGAAGGGAAUGAAGAAAUAGUUGAUCAUCUCUUCGGGAACUAUUCAUUUGCCUCGAAACUUUGGAAUAAAUUUGCAAAAAAUAUAGAGAUGACCAGAUUCCCAGAAGAUUGGAAAGAAAUCAAGGAAGUGUCUAUGAAGAAAGCGAAGUGCACAAAGUUUAAGUCAAAGAUUUUCAAAUACGGAUUCGGCUCAACAGUUUACAACAUCGGGCGGGAGAGAAACGCGAGGGCAUUCUCAAGGAAUCAAAGAAGUCUGAAGCAGACCUGGGAUAAUAUUGUAACAUACUGUAACGCAAACAUUCAGACAUGGAGAAGAGUCCCAAAAAACGAACAGAAUUGGAACCUCUACAGGAACUGGAAUGUAUCAUAUCAGAAAGUCACCAAAGACACUGUUUUUUUAGCGAGAUAA